AUGGCACGCGAAGAUCAACGAGGGCCACGAUGCCGCAACUCAUGGCGCCCUUCAGACGGCCCUCUAUCACCGCAAGUUGGAGAUCUUCAGCGACAGCGGUCACCUGUGCCACCUGUGGGGGUUGCCCAGUCUUUUUCCACAACACGGGCACCACAGCCUGGCUUGUGGAGGUCUGCACGGCCGCGACCUCACUAUCAGCGUUUAGCGGAAACACAAGCUGAAGGCUGGAGGCCCUCGAUUACACCUGCUACUACCCACACCUCUGCUACUACCCACACCUCUGCUACUACCCACACCUCUGCUACUACCCACACCUCUGCUACUACCCACACCUCGCCAGAGCCACCGCCCCAAACGUUCAAGAACCCGAAUCUCAUUCCUGUCGUGCCGCGCCAUUCACGCGCCUCGAAUAUCUCUUCCCAAGCGGUAGAGUUUCAGCAGGAUGAAGAGCUGGAAGAUGAACGACUACCUCAGAUCUGGCACCCUUCUAUCGACGAUCUCAUCAGACGCACGGCAUACGACUACGACCUCAUCGUGAACUACGAGCGCGACGCUGAGGGCGGACAGCGCUGGCUGCCUGAAGACAUUGCAAGAAUUCGAGAUGUUGGCAAGAACCUCCACCGCGACAUCUUCGCCCUGAGACGCUGGCGACGUGUAGUCGCCAAACAAGGAGACCAAGACAAGAACAUGAUGAUGCAGAUCAAGAGAGAUGCCAACUUCCUCAAAUUGCUCUGUGAGCGUGUCCAGAGGGCAAUCAACAAGUAUGAGCAGAAGUGCGAGUUUGAGCUCCUGAGGGACGGUGUAUACGCGCUAGAUGAGGAUGGCAACUUUUACAAGCCUACCGCUCCGCAACAAUAUGUUGCCGAAGGCGAUUUCCUUCAAAAUGGUGCACGUCCAAGCAACAAGGACGCGGAAAAAGACAGUAUAAGCCAUCCAUAUGGCGAUGCUCGAGCGGUAUAUCCUCCUGGGCAGUACCAUGACAGGCCUGCCUCAAGCUCACGGAGGUACCGCAUACCCCCAGAAGACUCUCCCGGUUAUCCGGCAACGCGCAACCUAGCCUUUGACUUUGCAUUUCAACAAACUCCAUUCGAGAAGAUCAAGAGGGAAGCUGUUCGCCGAAAGCCAAAAGCUGCACGUCAAUCUACUUCUCGUCGUCCUGACAAAGUCCUUGAUGGCAGAGUCUCCAAGAGCUAUCGAGAACCACCCUCUGUCCGCAAGCGCCGUGCUCCGUCUCCAGAAUAUCGUAGUUUGUCGCCCGAGUCUGACAUGGUCUCGGAACGACCGACAUCUCACAAGAAGGCUGGAGGCCGUGGGCGAAACAACAUAUACGAGCGAGAUGGAGUAUCACGGCGUCAAGCGAAGAGAGACAAAGCACAAGAACGCCGUCCUAGUCAGACCGCAGGCCGCUUGGGGAAGCAUGUGCUUCACUACUGA